CACCGAGGUCAAAUUUCAUCCACGAUCCUCAACGGCAGACAAACACCACCACGCCCUGAAAACCCUUCACAGCUCUCCCCAAAGCGUAGAAGUCCUCACCUCGGUUAUCGGCUCAUAUCUCAUCCCCAAACACACACAUUAGGGCCAUCAUGUCCAAUCAGGAACUGAAAACUAUCAUCACGCCCGCCCUAAAAUCCCGAGGUUCCCGCAGCGUGAUGGCCUGGAGCUGCUGGACACAAGCCCGCAACAUGCUCGCAGACCUCAUUUUCUUCGUCUCCAUGUACAACCCCCAAGGUAUUGACCUACACUUCCUUAACCGAGUCCCCUUCUACGGAGGCUUGAAGACCUCAGCUGCUGUCCAGGUUGCAUCCGACAGUGGCUACCAUUCGAACGGAACCCCUACCGGCUAGUGCGUAAACGACAUCCCCGACACCUACAUGUGCUC